UAGGCGGCUGUCGGGAUCAGUCGGGGCUGCGUGGAUCUCGCCCUGGCGGAGAGGAGGGCGUCGCGAUCACCUGGGAGGAGGGACGGUGGGCAGUGAAAGGAGUUGGUUGGGGGGGGGCUCCUGUUUCCUCCGGUGUCGCGCCAUGACGGCGAACGAAGACCAGGAGGUGGCCAGAACCUAACCCCCAUAUGGAGCUAGAAGCAUUACGUUCUAUUUAUGAAGGUGAUGAGUGUUUUAGGGAACUUAGCCCGAUUUCCUUUCAAUAUAGGAUAGGUGAAAAUGGAGACCCUAAAGCUUUCCUGAUAGAAAUAUCAUGGCCAGAAACAUACCCUCAAACUGCUCCAGUCAUCUCUAUGGAUGCAUUCUUCAAUAACUCUAUAGCCUCCACCAUAAAGCAAAGUAUAUUGAACAAAUUAAUGGAAGAAGUUGAAGUCAACCUUGGUACCUCUAUGACAUACACAAUUUUUGAAUAUGCCAAAGAUAAUAAAGAGCUGUUUAUGGAAAACCAACCCAUUAAUAUUGCGACAGCUUUGAACAACUGCAUCUCAACAGGACAUCCAGACGCAGCACAAACUAGUAAGAAAAAAGAGAAAAAGGAGCAAUUGACCAAAACACAAAAACGAAAGUUAGCAGAUAAAACAGAUCACAAAGGAGAGCUUCCUCGAGGAUGGAAUUGGGUUGAUGUAAUAAAGCAUCUAAGCAAAACUGGCUCCAAGGAUGAUGAAUAGGAGGACACUGAUAUAGGAAAACAUCAGCUUUUACUACAACACUGUUUGGAAUCAACUGCCAUAUUCUCUCUUUUUUCAUUUACAUUUUAUAAAAUGACAGUUCCUCACACAUUGUAAUCUGAAAAGGUGUGCUUACCUAGAGGGAAAUGUUUUUGGUAUCCGUAAUCACUUUCUUCAUAUCACAUGUUUGCCUUUAAAGAAAUUAGGUUGAAGAUUGUCUCCUUCUAUUUCAAUGUCAACUAUCAGGACUCUGAAUAUAACAAUAUGUAAUUUGCUUUUAUACUUUUUGACCCUGUACUAAAUCAUGCAAAACUGAAAGCGAAUCAUCUAAUGCCCUAGCUGCUAGUCUUAUUUUAUAUUUCUUUCUUGCAUAGCUUCUUCAGUGUUAUUUCAAAUACUAUUCAUUACUGAUCCUCCUUCAUGGAUCACUGCCUUGCCGUGGCGAAGGGGCUUGAAUAACUCAGAGAUCUAACUACUGAUUAAAUAACUACUGAUCCAGCUUUUCAGAUGAAAUCUACAAUGAACAGGCUAAAUUUUGGAUCUUCCUGAACCGUGGUAUUCUUUAAAUGCAUUUUUCAACCCAAUCCCAUGGUCUCCCUCUAGCACAGCUUCCCAGCUGUAAUAUAGUCACAGUCCUAGAAAGCAAAACAGGAUCAUGAGGUACAAAAGAUAAGGUAUCAACUUUUAUUCCCAUGGCAAAUCUACAGCUGCCUACCAGCCACUAAUAGUGCCCUUGCAUUGGUACAGUCCCUGCAUCAGUUAUCAGCCCAUGGCAAAGAACAAAUGCACUCAUUAUAUGCUUGAGCCAGUACACAUGGUGUCCCAUGUACAACUAGAGAGAGAUGGUUCCACCUCACCAUGCUGUAGGGAGGUAGCAGUAGGCAGAAACUACAACCAUCAGGCCUCCCUUCAGACAGGGAUUAAAUCUUCUGCCAAUCCACAGCCUACAACAAUAAUACUUUUGCCAGGCAAACAAGAAGGGAAGAAAGGAGAACCACUCCAUUGGUGACCCAAUAUCCUAGUGAGCAGAUCCAUCUCUGAGAAUUGUGGGCACUUGAACGAGAUUUGAGAUUUGCAGUGAUCAUACACUGACAACUGUCGGAACAAUCCACAUAGCUUAUAUGUUGGUGUCUUCCAUGGAGAGAAAAGAGAUUUUGCUAAUGGAGAAGUCAGAGGCAAGAAAGGAGGAACAGUAUGGUAGGGAGUUCACAGCAGAAAGCACCAGGAGUUAUCUGGUAGUUUGUUAGGAUGGAGUGCUGUAACGUGAGACAGAAGAGAAUGAAGUCACCGCCUGCCACAGGAAUUAGCACAAGUCAGACCCACAAUGUGGCUUUUGUAAUUACCCUUUGCUAUGACACACACCCUUUCCCCCAACCAGUGAUGGCCAAACUUGUCCACUGGUCCUGUUAGCUAGGGAUGAUGGGAGUUGUAGUCCAAAAACAGCUGGAGGGCCAAGUUUGGCCAUCACUGCCCCAACCAUGUUUAGAUGCACUAGGUGCAUUUGGAGCUGCAACUCGGUGGAAUGGGAUAGCAGAAGCUCCAUAGACAUUGGGUUGCAAGUUCAAUCCCUGGAUGAAAUAUCCUAGCAGAAGAGGCUGGAAAAGAGCGGCAUGUAUAGACGGGGCAGCACUACAGCCAAUGGGAGUCAACGGUUCAUGAGCCAAUAGCCCCAUUUAAAUAUUUGCUUGCCUUGCAUAGAAGUUGAGGUGUUUUAAUCUUUUUUACAGUUGAUUUUAAUUAACUUUAAAUGUGUUUAAUGACUUUAACUGUUUUUGUUGAUAAUUUUAAUAGUUCUGGUGAACUGCUUAGAAGUUUUACUACAGUCAAGCAGUUUUCAAAUUUGGUUGAAUAAAUAAAAUAAAUUUAAGCCCCAGAAUGCCAUCAUUUCUCCCAGCUCCUUUCAUCCCAGCCAUGAACCUUUCCCCAGAAACCUUUGGUUGAUUGCCGGUAGCCACUGCAGAGGCAAUGCCCCACUUGUACACACCCUUCUACUACUUGAUUUAUUAUUACAUCAGCACGUAAUCAGGGUAAGUGGGUGGUAUAUAAAUUCAAUAAAUACUACUACUACUACUACUACUACAGCAGCAGCAGCAGCAUAUAAAGCUAGUGAAUUGUUGGGAUACACUUUGUUACUCUAGCUAAUACUCCAGUGGCCACAGACCUCGUCAGGUCAUUAAUUAUGGGGGAAUAUUGAAAUCCACAAGGCUUACUUGCUGAGUCCCUCCAGUUUCAGCCAAAUCAUCCCACCUCUUUUAUAAGCAUAACGAAAGAUACACAUCCCAAGCUGUUUCCCAAUACAAAUGAAACUAUCCUAUUCAAUCCAGAGCCACUGUUAUUUGACAGCAAUGAAUCUUACCUUUUAUCUAUGAAGUUACUGUUCCUCACUCAUCCACAAAGUUGAUGGGCUAAAUAUAAUUUCACUUCUGAUAAUUAUUAUUUUUUAAAUGGGUAAUUAGAAUUCUGAUAGGACUGCAGUCCAAAACACACUGGGGAGUACACUUCCUUGAACUCAGAACUUCUGAGUAAACCUGCAUAGAAUUCCACUGUAUGAAAAACUGUGAUGAAAAAAUAACUAGUACUAACCCACCAGUACAUUUUCUCUGUUGGAAAUGCAUUUAUGGUAGUUUGUAUUUUUCCUCUCAAAAGGUAGCACAGUACCCGCCAUAAAUGCUGGGCACCAUUUAUUUCUUUUCGUUAUUUUCUUCCUUUGGAAAAAUAGGAGUUGUCAUGUUUUCUUGUAUAUGUUAAUGAAUAAAGAGAUGGAUAUAACUACCAAAUGGGUAGAUAAAGCGGAAUUUUGAAUAGAUGUGCCGUCUUGUAUCUAAAAGUUCUCUUUACUGUUUAAAUAGUAAUAGAGCAUAAGAUGCCUUAAUGCCAUCUAAUUUUUAUUGUGGGAAGGGAGGGGUUUAAAUAAAUAUAUAUUUAUCUGC